UUGAAAACACCCAGGCUGCCGGGUUGGGCUGGCAUCUGCUCCCGCUGCGUGCGAGCGGAUUAAAUUACCGCAAAUUCAAACUGAAUGAGCCCUUUCCCCCUCCCGCCCUUCCUCCCUCCCUCCUUCCCUCCCUCGGCCGGUCCCUCCCUCCCCCGGCCCCCUCCUCCCGGCUCGGCGCGGCAGCCGCACGCCUGCAGCCGGUGCGGGGCAGAGCAGCGGCGGCGGCGGGCGGGCGGGAGGAGGAAGAGGAGAAAGAAGAAGGAGCAGGAGGAGGAGGAGGAGGAGGGGGGGGGGGGGGCGCCGGAUCCAAUGAGGGGCGGCAGCCCGGGGCAUCGCGCCGCCGGCUCGCCCCAGCCCCCCGCCAGCCCCGCUCCGCCCCCCCGGCCCCUCCGCCCCAGCCCGGCCCGCGGCGUUCUCCCCCGAGCAACUUUCCUGCCCGCCCGGUGACCGCCCGGCGGGCCGGGGGCAGCGGCGGCGGCGGGGACAGCGGCGGGACCGGGCAUGCCGGCGGCGGCGGGCGACGGGCUCCUGAGCGAGCCGCCGGCGGUGGCGGGCGGCGGCGGGGAGGCGCGGAAGGCGGCGGCGGCGGCGGCGGCGGCGGCGGCGGCGGGCGCGGAGAGCAGCUUCCUGGCCGCCUGGCUGAGCGCGGCGGCGGCCGCGCCGCGGGAGCGGCUCCGCGACUUCCAGCACACCAAGCGGGUCGGCAACUACCUGAUCGGCAGGAAGCUGGGAGAGGGCUCCUUCGCCAAGGUCCGGGAGGGGCUGCACGUCCUCACCGGAGAGAAGGUGGCAGUUAAAGUAAUUGACAAGAAAAGAGCCAAAAAGGACACCUAUGUCACCAAGAAUCUGCGACGGGAAGGGCAGAUCCAGCAAAUGAUCCGCCACCCGAAUAUUGCUCAGCUGCUGGAUAUACUGGAAACUGAAAACAGCUAUUACCUUGUAAUGGAGCUGUGCCCUGGUGGCAACCUGAUGCACAAGAUUUAUGAGAAAAAAAGACUUGAGGAGCAUGAAGCGCGCAAAUAUAUCCGGCAGCUUAUUCUGGCAGUUGAACAUCUUCACCGGGCAGGAGUAGUUCACAGAGACUUGAAGAUAGAAAAUCUGUUGCUAGAUGAAGACAACAAUAUCAAGCUUAUUGACUUUGGAUUGAGCAACUGUGCAGGCAUCUUGGGUUAUUCUGAUCCAUUCAGCACCCAGUGUGGGAGCCCAGCAUAUGCAGCCCCUGAACUUCUGGCAAGGAAGAAAUAUGGGCCCAAAAUAGAUGUUUGGUCCAUUGGGGUGAACAUGUACGCAAUGUUGACUGGAACAUUACCUUUUACCGUGGAGCCAUUCAGCUUGAGAGCUUUAUAUCAGAAAAUGGUGGAUAAAGAAAUGAACCCUUUUCCCACCCAGCUCUCUACAGAGAAAUGGAUUGCAGACAAGAAGAAAAGCCAUCGUCUAUCCAUGCCUGUAGUUCGGAGGAAGGAUUUUAUGAGGUGGAGCUCGCUCGUGGCUUGGGAAAUGACCUCAUGUGAAAUGGCAUUUUCUCUGGACGGUUUUGUAAGCGCGGCCAUAAACUUUCUACGAUCUCUACUGGAGCCAGAUCCUGCAAAGAGACCAAACAUCCAGCAGGCACUUGCAAAUCGAUGGCUUAAUGAGAACUACCCUGGAAGAGCACCACCUAAUGUCACGUAUCCAAACAGGAUUCACCUCGAGGACCUCAGCCAAAGCGUGCUGCUCCACAUGACCGAGAAGCUCGGCUACAAGAACAGCGACGUCAUCAACACUGUGCUCUCAAACAGGGCAAGUCACACACUUGCCAUCUACUUUCUACUUAAUAAGAAGCUGGAGCGCUACUUGGCAAGCCUUAGGAAGUCUGAAGGCCAGGACAAUAUUUGCCACAAGAACCAACUAUACCAGAUAGAAAAAUACAAGGCAAAUAAAGACUCCUAUGAGGACAAAAAACUCAAAGAGCAAGAAAAGAAAGGGGAGAUCCUUCACCGUCAGCUCCCAAAGAAAACUGAGAAAAGUCCAGUUUCAUAUAGACAGCCUUCUUCCUGUCUUAUCUCACAGAUACAGAACACCAAGGCUCUGCUGAAGGACCGGAAAGUCACCAAGGCUGGAGGUCCAGAGAAAGACUCCAGUGGUGGGGUAAGCCCUUUCCACGAACCCCUGGCAACCAAGACAGGCUGCAUCACUUCCAGCUCCCUGGAGUACCUCGAAGUCCAGCAGCCUCCUCCCAGAACCCCUCGACUCCUCAAGAGGCAGGAGUCCCCGCAGCAGGAGCCGGCCCGCAUCGGGGGCCGGGCAAAGGACUCUCCUCUCAUCCUGAAUAUUGUGCACUCCUUCGAGUCGGUUGACAGAGAAGACCAAAUAGACCAGGUUUCCCCCUCUCAUCAGUACAGGAUUUUAGGCUCGCCAAUGAAUUUCCCUUACAAAAGCUCAAGUGAAAGGACACUGUCCCCGCUUUUUCAGCCAGGGAGUACAUCCCCCGUCCACCCCACCCAAGUCUCUUUCACAUAUGAAGAAAAAGCAUAUCCGGCAAAGGAAGAAGCAGUGUCCCCUACUCAGCUGGUUUCCAGCAACCCCUUGGGCAGCCCCAACUGUGUUAAAAGCAGAGGCAGGUUCCCCAUGAUGGGGAUCGGACAGAUGCUGCGGAAGAGGAACCAGACGAUGCAGUCGGCGAGCGACAAGCCACUGGAAGCGAGGAUGCCUCAACUGCAGCAGAUGAGCCCCACACAGAUUUCCUUCACUGCAACAGAUGCUGUCAGCGGCCAGUGUUAGUCUGACAUCCUGGGGUUUGCUCUGCUGUUCUCUGGGAUCUAACCUUUUUUACUUUUAACAAGAAGGGAAAGCCACAGACAUGAUACUGUCACUACGUAAUAUACCACAGUGGUCCAACGUAGAAAAUCAGAGGUCUGUUUGUAAGGAAGGCAUUGUCCUACAUAUUGCAGCUGAAAGAAAAGGGCUCUGCUUGUGCUGUUAAGAAAUAUUAGCAUUUGGCAUCUGACUGUACAGUAAAACAUGUCUUGAAAGAGCUACGUGAAUAUGUAUUUUCACUGCUCUCACCUAGUAUUGCAGUAUGGUUGAUUGAAAAAGCAGUGAGCAUUAAAGGUUUGAUUCAUCAAGGUAAUCUGAAUGGUGCCAUGAAUGCUGGUCCCAUCCAGGAUCUGUGGUGAGACUGUGCUCCGUCUGCCUUUGCCAUACAGUACAUGGUACUGCAACAGGCAUUGUUCAUGUGGCUAGACAGGUGGGAAAACUCAAGAUUCUGUGUCCAAAGUCAACAUGCUAACAAGCACUGCCAAGAAGAUGAAGUUGGUAGAAGCUUGAAUAAAGACACGAGUGAUCUAAACUUUCAGAAAAAAAGUGGGAGUAUUGGAAGUGAAAGCAGAUUUUACAGUUAAUUACAUAAAGUAGCUAACAAUAGAAACAUUUUUUCCUAAAGAAAAUGAUGAUUUAAUGACAUCACUCAGAAGAAACAUGAUUAUUUAAAAACAAGUUUCAUUACGUGGAAAUUCACCGCACUAGAGGCCUGUUCCUUUCACAUGAUGGGUCUGCAAGCAGAUGCUUCAGUCAUCCAAAUUGUCACACUCUGUGUUUAAACAAUCCAGUCACCUUCAUUUUCUGCAGCUGUAGUAGUUCCAUGGCGUGUCUACAUGGAGGGCUGUGUUAGCCCGUUACAUCAAGGCAGCAUUGGACACACCUGAAGGCUUUUCUGAGAGACUGCAGUGAAUUAAAAAGACUAAUAAAGGACAAGUGAACCUGUACCAAUGCCGUUUUAUACUGCGAGAUUGGUAAUGCAGUGGUUACCAAAAAUUUGGUAUAGAUAUGAGUGGUGAAGAUUAACUUUCUUAAAAGGCACCAUGUUCUGUAUAACCGGUCUUGUUUUUCUAAGUAAAUGAUACAUCUGAGAUGUUGGCAACUUUUUUUUGUUCUGUUUUUGUCUUCAAACAAUUUCCUAUAAAUUAGAAGGUUUAGCCAAAGACUACUUUUUUCUUUUGUCUGUACCAUGCUUGCAUAUGUGUUUGUGUGUAUGGAAAGUCACAACAAAGCUUGUUCCAGUCUGGUUCCCAAGCAGGCAGCCCUGGCCCAUGUCUGCCCUACUGCUGCCCUCCCAAUUAACGUCAUUUCAAAAUCCAGGCAGCAGAGGUGUUGUCUUCUUCUUGGGAUUGUUGUUAGAAGGUGGGUAUUUUGCCUCAAGACCAUCAGUGUGAAUCCAAGCCCUGUUUCCAUCAAUAUUUUUGCAAACAAUUUUGUGGCCCCAUUGGUUUGGUGUCUGUGCAAAUGCUGAGACUUACCCCUGUUUGAGAAGCUUUUCUUCCAGUUUCAUGAGAGAGAUACACAGGGACUGGGGGAGGUGGGCCAGCAGAGGCAGGGGAGGAGGUGUCCAGCAGAGCCCAUAGCUGAGUGCAUGUUCCCGAUUCUCAGCAUAGCACAGGCCUUACACCAAAAUCUACAAGAAAAAAAAUUGGAUGUUAAUCCAAAUACUGACAGAACAGAUAACUGGACUGUAUUUUGAAUGCUUGCUGGAAAAAGCAGCAGCGCGUGAAUGCCCAGAGCGCUCUUCUCAUCCUUUCAGAUGGAACCUUCACCUCAGCACCAUCAGUUCAGUACAGGGGAGGCCAUAUGUGUCUUGUACUCUUCAGUGUAGUGAGGAUACCCGCCUCUGGGGUAGUUAAGCUACCUGUAAAAUAAUAUGUUUAAAAAUCCCAAUAUGAUAAGGAAGACAGCCCUGAAAUAAUUUCACUCAUUUCCAGAUUGAAAAAUGUUUGUACAGAACACCUGUGCAUACCAGAGUUCCAUUUCAGCUCUUCUUUUAAUUUAAAACCAUUAAAGCAUUUUCUUCAUGCUAAGAACAUGUUUGCGCUGCAAAGCUAGCAAGCUGGGAUGACUGAAAUCCCAUCUUUUGUGUGUGUCAGACUUGUGUACCUGAACAGAUGGCAGAUACUGACUUGAAUUACAAACUCAGGUUUAUUUGGAACCCAAUAGAAGGUUGGGGGAGGCAGGAAAGAGACAUGUAUUUUUUUGUGAAAACCCAGUAAAUAUGUGUAAGAAUCAGAAUGAAAACAGAAAUGUUAAAUCUUUUAUUAUAUUUAUAGAGAAUAUAUGAGUACUACUCUGCUAAAACAUAACCAUGUAUCCAGCUUAGACAGUAGCUAUGUACAGUCAAACUGCAGUGACCAUAGAAGGGACUUAAUGAAAUACAGUAGUGGAUAUUCCAGGGGAAAAAAAAAAAUGUAUUGUUACCAUUAUUAAAUAUAUGUACUUUUUGAACAAGA